GCAAGCGUCGGAGCUCCUCCAGGAACCCGCCGCCGCCAGCGCCCGCCCCGCCGCGAAGCCCGCAGCCAGAGCCGCUCUGCCCGCCGCGAUGCUCGCCCGCGCCCUGCUGCUCCUCUGCGCAGCCCUGGCGCUCAGCCAGGCAGCUGAAUUUCUAACAAGAAUAAAGCUACUGCUGAAGCCCACCCCGAACACCGUGCACUACAUACUUACUCACUUCAAGGGAGUCUGGAACAUUGUCAACAACAUCCCCUUCCUGCGAAAUGCCAUCAUGAGAUACGUGCUGACGUCCAGAUCACAUCUGGUCGACAGUCCGCCAACUUACAAUGGGGAUUAUGACUACAAAAGCUGGGAAUCCUACUCGAACCUCUCCUACUACACCCGAGCACUCCCCCCUGUGCCUGAUGACUGCCCCACCCCCGUGGGUGUGAAAGGGAAGAAGCAGCUGCCUGAUUCAAACAUGGUUCUGGAAAAGGUUCUUCUGAGAAGGAAGUUCAUCCCUGACCCCCAAGGCACAAAUAUGAUGUUCACUUUCUUUGCCCAGCACUUCACCCAUCAGUUCUUCAAGACAGAUCAGAAACGAGGGCCAGCUUUCACCACAGGCCUGGGCCAUGGGGUGGACUUAAGCCACGUUUAUGGGGAAACACUGGAUAGACAGCAUAAACUACGCCUUUUCAAGGAUGGAAAAAUGAAAUAUCAGAUAAUUCAUGGAGAGAUGUACCCUCCCACAGUUAAGGAUACUCAAGCAGACAUGAUCUACCCGCCCCACAUCCCUGAGCAGGCGCGUUUUGCUGUAGGCCAGCAGCUCUUUGGCCUGGUGCCGGGUCUGAUGAUGUACGCCACCAUCUGGCUGCGGGAGCAUAACAGAGUGUGCGACGUGCUGAAGCAGGAACAUCCAGAGUGGGACGAUGAGCGCUUAUUCCAGACAACCAGGCUAAUACUGAUAGGAGAAACUAUUAAGAUCGUGAUUGAAGACUAUGUACAGCAAUUGAGCGGAUAUCACUUCAAACUGAAGUUUGACCCAGAACUGCUCUUCAACCAACAAUUCCAGUACCAGAACCGCAUUGCUUCUGAGUUUAACACACUCUAUCACUGGCAUCCCCUGGUGCCUGACACCUUUCAGAUCGAUGACCAGGAGUAUAACUUUCAGCAGUUUCUCUACAACAACUCUAUAUUAGUGGAACAUGGACUUACCACAUUUGUGGAAUCGUUCACCAAGCAAAUUGCUGGCAGGGUCGCUGGUGGUAGGAAUGUCCCACUUGGAGUGCAAAAGGUCGCAAAGGCGUCAAUUGAGCACAGCAGAAAGAUGAAAUACCGGUCUAUGAAUGAGUACCGCAAGCGCUUCUCGAUGAGGGCCUACACAUCAUUUGAGGACCUUACAGGAGAGAAGGAAAUGGCUGCAGAGCUGGAAGCCCUCUAUGGUGACAUUGAUGCUGUGGAGCUGUAUCCCGGCCUUCUGGUGGAAAAGCCUCGCCCAGACGCCAUCUUCGGUGAGACCAUGGUGGAGAUGGGCGCGCCCUUCUCCUUGAAAGGACUCAUGGGUAACCCCAUAUGUUCGCCGCAUUACUGGAAGCCGAGUACUUUUGGCGGAGACGUGGGUUUUGAGAUCAUCAACACCGCCUCCAUUCAGUCUCUCAUCUGCAACAACGUGAAGGGCUGUCCUUACACUGCGUUCAGUGUCCCAGAUCCACAGCUCGCCAAAACGGUUACCAUUAACUCGAGCGCUUCCCCCUCCAGGCUGGAAGACCUCAAUCGCGCCGUCCUGCUAAAAGGCCGUUCAACUGAGCUGUAGGAGGCAGUCAAGCAUAUUUAUUUAUUUAUAAGAACCAUUUUUUAACUUAUUUAAUAUUUAUAUGAAGUGCCUUAUGUUACUUAAACAUCUUCCGUAACAGAAGGUAGUACAUGUGUUGCCAUGAAAAGGGUCAUACUUGUAAAGUCUCUUGUGACACUACUUUAAAGGAGUAUGUUUCAAACUGAAGUAGAAAAUAGUUUUCAAUCUUUUGUAUAAACCAAUGAAAUGAGUUUUGACAUCUUUUUACUUGAAUUUCAAUUUAUAUUAUAAUACAAUGAAAGCAAAGAUGUCUGAACACUUUACUGCUGUGACUCCACAGCACAAUGCUGCACAUUUCUACUUGUUAUGUCCAAUGCCUUAGAAACAGCCAAGGCUGGAAUUUUUUAAAGAAAUGUUGGACAUUUGAUGGUAAUGAAUGUUUAAAGCCUACACUGCCAAUCGUUUUGUAUUUUUUUAAAGCAGCCUUGAAACGAAAUUUGCAGAAUAUUUUAUAUCACGUGACUACUGAGAAGUAAAAUCUAUAAAGGCAAAAGAUCCUAUAUUAAAUUAAAAACUGAAGAAAUCCAAGUUCAGAUUUGGGUUUAAAGACUUGAAAGAGACUAUGAUAGCCUCGUGUGCCUUAGGUCUGGCACUUGGCAGAUUUUGCUGUGUAGUCAAUGAACUGCCAGGCAUAGUGGCACGUGCUUGUAAUCCUAGCAUUUGAGAGGCUGAGGUGGGAGGAUCGCCACGAGUCCGAGGACAUUCUGGACUACAUAGUAGACUCCCAUCCCCCAAAAAGUCAAUGAAUUGCUGAGAUGCACUUGGAUAUUUCAUUCUCAUAGAUUUUCUUAUAAACAGUAUGAAUUAAUGUCCAUAUCACAGUGCAAAGAGUAUGUAGCAAUGGCCUUAUAAAAAGUCUCUUCAAAAUGCUUAAAUCCAUUUCUUAUAUUUUAUCUAAAGUCAAUUAAAUAUUGCUUUUGAAAUAAAACCAGACUACCUUCAUGCUGCUUUUUCUAGUAGCCAUUUUGUUAGAAGAAAUCCUGAUUUUUAAGAUCAGAACUGCUCAGUCUUUGAAGUCUUAAUAUUUUCGUACUUGAACUUUUGCACAUUUUCAGGCAAACCUCAGCUCAGGACUACUGUUCAGCUCCUUAGGAAGAAUGAAAGAAAACAAAGUCCCUUUUUAAAAAUUCACCUAUUUUAAAUCAAGGGAGAGAAUUUUAUCUUUAUAACUUCAACUAUAAUCAAGGACCCUACAAAGAGGCUGGUACCUUAGAACAACUGUAGAAUAUUUUGGCCAGGGAGAAAGUCAUUCCGGUUCUAAUGAACACCCUGCCUCUUAUUUGAAAAUAGAAGCAAACAAUUACUGAGUAGUCCUGAGCAAUAAUAAAAGCAAAGUAAUAGUUUUUUGCAUCUCAUUGUCAGCUGACAAUUUAUGGUACUGUACAUUACUAUAAUUUAUUGAGUGUUAUUAUUUAUGUUUUAGUAGGACAUUAUUAAUAUUUAAGCCUUAAAUCAUUUUAUUAUGCCAGAAUCAAUAUAUCUUUUUCAUGAUUACCUCUCUGAAUUGUGUAAGAUCAAAAGAAAUGAUUUAAGAUUUAUUCACAAAGUUUUAGGAAACUGAUUGUGGUAUAUUGAUUGUUAGAACUGAUGUCUUUAGGAUUUACCUAUGUUACACGUAGGACAUUGUCUAACCUGAGUAUGCCAUAAAGACUGACUUUUUGUUCAUUUAUUAAGAAUAAUCCUCUUGAAUUGAGUACUGACCACAGAUAACAUCAAUAUUUGUGUAAAUAACUGAAUGUCUCUUAGUAGAAAAGGUAAUUACUAAAGAGAAAUGACUCAGGAAAAUACUUUAAGAUUUUAUGAAAGAUUUAAAGUUAAAUAGUCAAUAUUACAAAAGCUAUGAAAAAAACAGUUCACUCUGUUUUUUGUUUGAGUUUUUUUGGAGAUAGUCUUACUACGUAGUUCAGGCUGCUUUUGA